AUGGAUAGCGCCGAAAGCGUGGUCGAUAGACUCGAAGAGUUGGGGUCUUUAGACCAACUGGACGUUGUGCAAUUGUUAAAACAAGAAGAUGAUGAGCUGGAGGCCAAAUUGGGACUAGACAGUGGGAUUCUGGACGUACACCGGGUUAUGAAUGAGCAUCCGGGACUGAAGAAACGAGUACGUGCAAUAUUAGAUAGAUUUUUUCCUCGAGAAGCCUUGCAGAAAAGACAUGGUGAACAAGAAGAAGAUGUAGACGACGUUUACGACGCAGAGGAGCACCGAGAAAAAUCCGAAGCGGUUAGAAAAACUGCUGGAGUCGAUUCCUCCUCCACUGUGCAAGAGGUGGUACCGCCGGAAAACUUUAGUCACAUUGUGGGAGAGAUCUACAGGUCGAGUUUCCCACGACCGGAAAACUUCCCGUUUCUACAGCACAGCAUCAAGCUGAAAUCCAUAAUGGUGCUUUUCCCUGAGGAUUACCCACAGGAGAACCUAGAUUUCAUGGCAGAAGCAGGAAUCACGCUGUUCCAGAUAGGCAUGAGCGGGAAUAAAGAGCCGUUUGUGAAUAUUCCAUCCAACCUGUUGACCAGCGCUCUGGAGAUCGCCAUAAACCCAGAAAACCAUCCAAUACUGAUACACUGCAACCGGGGCAAGCACCGCACUGGGUGUCUUGUUGGGUGCAUCCGACGAUUGCAGAAAUGGUCUCUGACGAUGAUUUUCGAUGAGUAUCGUCGGUUUGCGUUCCCCAAGGCAAGAGCGUUGGACCAGCAAUUCAUCGAGAUGUAUGACGAUGAAAAGAUCAAACAGAUAGCGGCCGAAAACAACUGGCUGCCGAUCAAAUGGUGA